AUAUAUGAUCAUGCAUAUAUGACCAGACCCGUAACUUGAGCCAGGCAUCAUCAUGUUAUUGGUAUGAGACCGAUCUGCUACAACUUUUCUCUAACACUACAUAGAUUCGUACGUACAUCGAUGAUCGAUCUAGUCGAGUUGUAAUUGAUCUGAGCGACGUAGGUUUCAUUUGGAAUCCCAGCUAUGAGUACCAAAAGAAAGCAAUCGGCAGCGCCGAAGCUGGACGACGAGCAGAUCACGGAGCUGCGGGAGAUAUUCCGAUCAUUUGACGGAGACAACGACGGAAGUUUGACCCCUCUGGAGCUGAGGUCCCUGCUCCGGUCGCUAGGGUUGGAAGCGAGCCAUGAGCAGGUGGAGGCUCUGAUGCAAAAGGCUGAUCGUAACGACAACGGACUGGUGGAGUUCUCCGAGUUCGUGGUGCUGGUGGAGCCUGACCUACUACAGCUACAAGGUGGCAAGUGUCCUUACAGCGAGGAGAUGCUGAAGAGCAUGUUUGACAUGUUCGAUAGGGAUGGUAAUGGCUACAUCAGCGCGGCGGAGCUGGCCCAUUCCAUGGCGAAGCUCGGUCACGCGCUCACGGCGGAGGAGCUGAUUGGGAUGAUGGAGGAGGCUGAUACCGAUGGAGAUGGCCAGAUCGAUUUUCAGGAGUUCGUGAGAGCCAUCACAUCGGCUGCGUUCCAUAAUCGCUGGACAUGAAACAGAUUAUCAAAUUUGCUAUUGAUCAUUCAAUAAGAUCAUCUUGUUAUUGUGAUCUUUUAAUUUUUGGCAAAGCCGCCUGUUAUCAGAUUGUCGUGUCUUACAAUAGCAUACGUGGUUAAUUAG